AUGUCUUUGCCACCAUAUUUAUUGGGGCCCAAUCCCUGGGCCACAAUGAUGGCUCAACAACACUUAGCUGCGGCCCAUGCUCAAGCUCAAGCUGCAGCUGCACAAGCUCAUGCUCACGCCUUACAACAGCAGAUGCCUCCGCCGCAUCCUAAGCCUGAUGUUAUGACCGAAGAUAAGCUUCAGGAAAAAGCGCAAAAAUGGCAGCAGUUGCAAUCAAAGCGCUUUGCCGACAAAAGGAAAUUAGGAUUUGUCGAGGCGCAAAAGGAAGACAUGCCUCCGGAACAUAUCAGGAAAAUUAUAAGGGAUCAUGGUGACAUGAGUAGUCGGAAAUAUAGACAUGAUAAACGGGUGUAUUUAGGUGCUCUAAAAUACAUGCCCCAUGCGGUAAUGAAAUUGUUAGAGAAUAUGCCUAUGCCAUGGGAACAGAUUCGUGAUGUUAAAGUUUUAUAUCACAUCACUGGAGCUAUCACAUUUGUCAAUGAAAUUCCUUGGGUUAUCGAACCAGUGUAUAUCGCACAGUGGGGUACAAUGUGGAUAAUGAUGAGAAGGGAAAAGAGAGACCGUAGGCAUUUUAAAAGAAUGCGUUUUCCGCCGUUCGACGACGAAGAGCCUCCUUUGGACUACGCCGACAAUGUAUUAGACGUAGAACCUUUAGAAGCUAUCCAGAUUGAAUUAGAUGCAGAAGAAGACUCUGCUAUUGCCAAAUGGUUUUAUGAUCACAAGCCAUUGGUGGGUGGCAAGUAUGUAAAUGGUCCCACUUAUAGAAAAUGGAACCUUACUUUACCCAUGAUGGCAACAUUGUACCGUUUGGCUAACCAACUAUUAACAGAUUUGGUUGAUGAUAAUUACUUUUAUUUGUUUGACACGAAAAGCUUCUUUACAGCGAAAGCUUUAAACAUGGCCAUUCCAGGAGGUCCUAAAUUUGAACCGCUCAUAAAGGACAUGAAUCCUGCGGAUGAAGAUUGGAACGAGUUUAACGAUAUAAAUAAAAUUAUUAUUCGUCAGCCUAUUAGAACUGAGUAUAGGAUAGCUUUUCCGUAUCUUUAUAACAAUAUGCCACAUUUUGUCCACUUGUCUUGGUAUCACACACCUAAUGUCGUUUACAUUAAAACUGAAGAUCCUGACUUGCCGGCAUUUUAUUUCGAUCCGCUUAUUAACCCAAUAUCGCACAGACAUGCCGUGAAAAGUCUGGAACCUCUUCCGGAGGACGACGAGGAAUAUAUCUUACCAGAAGCGGUCCAACCGUUUUUGCAGGAAACUCCUUUGUAUACGGAUAACACCGCCAAUGGUAUUGCCUUAUUAUGGGCUCCUAGACCAUUUAACAUGAGAUCGGGCCGUUGUAGAAGAGCGAUCGAUGUUCCUCUUGUAAAGUGUUGGUAUAUGGAACAUUGCCCUCCGGGUCAGCCGGUUAAAGUACGAGUCAGCUACCAGAAAUUGUUGAAGUAUUAUGUACUUAAUGCUCUUAAACAUCGCCCUCCUAAACCGCAAAAGAAGAGAUACUUAUUCCGUUCGUUCAAAUCGACAAAGUUCUUCCAGACGACCACUCUGGAUUGGGUCGAGGCAGGUCUGCAAGUCUGCAGGCAGGGAUACAAUAUGCUCAACUUGUUGAUCCACCGAAAGAAUUUGAACUACCUUCAUCUGGACUAUAACUUUAAUUUGAAGCCAGUUAAGACUUUGACUACCAAGGAGAGGAAAAAAUCGCGUUUCGGAAACGCUUUCCAUUUGUGCAGGGAAAUUUUACGAUUGACCAAACUAAUUAUCGAUUCCCAUGUGCAGUACCGACUGAAUAACGUUGAUGCUUUCCAACUGUCCGAUGGUUUGCAGUAUAUUUUCGCUCAUGUCGGCCAACUCACCGGAAUGUACAGAUAUAAGUAUAAGCUCAUGAGGCAGAUCAGGAUGUGUAAGGACCUGAAACAUCUUAUCUACUACAGGUUUAAUACGGGCCCUGUCGGAAAAGGCCCGGGCUGCGGCAUUUGGGCGCCGGGCUGGAGGGUUUGGCUGUUCUUCAUGAGGGGCAUAACUCCCCUUCUGGAGCGGUGGCUGGGCAACUUGCUUUCCCGUCAGUUUGAGGGCCGUCAUUCCAAGGGAGUAGCCAAAACCGUGACGAAACAGAGAGUGGAAUCCCACUUUGACUUGGAACUGCGCGCGUCCGUAAUGCACGAUAUCGUCGAUAUGAUGCCUGAAGGCAUCAAACAGAACAAAGCCAGGACCAUCCUACAGCACCUUUCGGAGGCUUGGAGGUGUUGGAAGGCCAAUAUUCCGUGGAAGGUGCCCGGACUUCCCAUUCCGAUCGAAAAUAUGAUAUUGCGGUACGUUAAAAUGAAAGCCGAUUGGUGGACGAAUACGGCGCAUUAUAACAGAGAGAGGAUACGCAGGGGCGCGACCGUGGAUAAAACGGUGUGCAAGAAAAAUCUCGGACGUCUCACGAGGUUGUACCUCAAAGCGGAACAGGAACGGCAGCAUAAUUAUUUGAAGGACGGCCCUUAUAUUUCUCCGGAAGAAGCCGUGGCUAUUUACACGACCACCGUCCAUUGGUUGGAAUCUAGGAGGUUCGCUCCCAUCCCCUUCCCUCCUCUGUCCUACAAACACGACACCAAGUUGCUGAUUUUAGCGUUGGAACGACUAAAAGAAGCUUAUAGCGUCAAAUCUCGUCUAAAUCAGAGCCAGAGAGAAGAAUUGGGCUUGAUAGAACAAGCCUACGAUAAUCCGCACGAAGCUUUGUCGAGGAUCAAACGUCAUCUCUUAACGCAGAGAGCUUUCAAGGAAGUGGGGAUCGAGUUUAUGGACCUUUACAGCCAUUUAAUACCCGUUUACGACGUGGAGCCGCUCGAGAAAAUCACCGACGCGUACUUAGAUCAGUAUCUUUGGUACGAGGCGGACAAGAGACGUCUUUUCCCGCCGUGGAUAAAACCAGCCGAUACCGAACCUCCGCCGUUGUUGGUUUACAAGUGGUGCCAGGGAAUCAACAACCUUCAGGACGUCUGGGACGUAAACGAGGGCGAAUGUAACGUCUUACUGGAGUCAAAAUUCGAGAAACUCUACGAGAAAAUCGAUUUGACGCUGCUCAACAGGCUGCUACGUUUGAUCGUGGACCACAACAUCGCCGAUUACAUGACGGCCAAGAAUAACGUGGUUAUUAAUUACAAAGACAUGAACCACACCAACAGUUACGGCAUAAUAAGGGGCCUGCAGUUCGCCUCGUUCGUUACGCAGUAUUAUGGUUUAGUUUUGGAUCUGUUGGUACUGGGUUUGCAGAGGGCGAGCGAAAUGGCCGGGCCGCCGCAGAUGCCAAACGAUUUCCUCACCUUCCAGGAUAUCCAGACGGAGACUUGCCAUCCCAUCAGGUUGUACUGCAGAUACGUGGAUAAGAUUCACAUGUUCUUCAGGUUCUCUGCUGAAGAAGCGAAGGAUUUGAUACAAAGGUACCUCACCGAGCAUCCGGACCCGAAUAACGAGAACAUCGUCGGGUACAACAAUAAAAAGUGCUGGCCGAGGGACGCUAGGAUGCGGUUAAUGAAACAUGACGUCAACUUGGGAAGGGCGGUUUUCUGGGACAUAAAGAACCGUUUGCCCAGAUCCGUGACCACCAUACAAUGGGAAAACAGUUUCGUAAGCGUUUAUUCAAAGGACAAUCCUAACUUGUUGUUUAACAUGUCUGGAUUCGAGUGCAGAAUUUUGCCCAAGUGUCGAACUCAACACGAAGAGUUCACCCACAGAGACGGAGUUUGGAAUUUGCAGCACGAAGGCAGCAAAGAAAGAACGGCCCAGUGUUUCCUGCGAGUAGACGACGAAUCCAUGAGUCGUUUCCAUAACAGAGUGCGACAGAUCCUGAUGGCGUCGGGUUCCACUACGUUCACAAAGAUCGUCAACAAAUGGAACACGGCUCUUAUCGGCCUCAUGACCUACUUCAGAGAAGCCGUCGUGAACACGCAAGAACUGUUAGAUCUGUUGGUUAAAUGCGAAAAUAAGAUCCAGACGCGUAUAAAGAUCGGUUUGAAUUCGAAAAUGCCCAGUCGGUUUCCUCCCGUCGUUUUCUACACCCCUAAGGAACUGGGCGGUCUUGGGAUGUUGUCGAUGGGUCACGUCUUGAUCCCUCAGUCUGAUCUGAGGUGGUCCAAACAGACGGACGUGGGUAUCACGCAUUUCCGUUCUGGUAUAAGCCACGACGAGGACCAGCUCAUUCCGAACUUGUACCGUUACAUACAACCGUGGGAGUCCGAGUUUAUCGAUUCGCAAAGGGUUUGGGCCGAGUACGCGUUGAAGAGGCAGGAGGCGAACGCCCAGAACAGGAGGUUGACUUUGGAAGAUUUGGAGGAUUCUUGGGAUAGGGGUAUUCCCAGGAUUAACACUCUCUUCCAAAAGGACAGGCAUACUUUGGCGUACGAUAAAGGUUGGAGGAUCCGAACCGAAUUCAAACAGUACCAGGUUCUAAAACAAAACCCCUUCUGGUGGACGCACCAGAGGCACGACGGUAAACUCUGGAAUCUAAAUAACUACCGAACUGACAUGAUUCAGGCUCUUGGAGGCGUAGAAGGUAUUUUGGAGCAUACUCUUUUCAAAGGAACGUACUUCCCGACGUGGGAGGGUCUUUUCUGGGAGAAAGCUUCAGGAUUUGAGGAGUCCAUGAAAUACAAGAAACUAACCAACGCCCAACGGUCCGGUUUGAACCAGAUUCCUAACCGUCGUUUCACCUUGUGGUGGUCCCCGACUAUAAACAGAGCAAACGUGUACGUCGGUUUCCAAGUACAGCUCGACCUUACCGGUAUUUUCAUGCACGGUAAGAUUCCGACCUUGAAGAUUUCUCUGAUUCAGAUCUUCAGGGCUCACUUGUGGCAGAAGGUGCACGAGUCUAUCGUCAUGGAUCUCUGUCAGGUGUUUGAUCAAGAAUUAGACGCACUGGAAAUCGAAACGGUACAAAAGGAAACUAUUCACCCGAGGAAAUCUUAUAAAAUGAACUCGUCGUGUGCCGAUAUAUUACUGUUUUCCGCUUACAAAUGGAACGUUUCCAGGCCUUCUCUCUUAGCAGAUACGAAAGAUACCAUGGACAACACAACGACGCAAAAAUAUUGGAUCGAUGUACAGCUUAGGUGGGGCGACUAUGAUUCUCACGAUGUAGAACGUUACGCUAGGGCUAAGUUCUUAGACUACACCACCGACAACAUGUCCAUCUACCCUUCCCCAACGGGGGUUCUUAUUGCUAUAGACUUGGCAUACAAUCUUCACAGUGCUUACGGUAAUUGGUUCCCCGGGUGCAAACCCCUCAUCCAGCAAGCCAUGGCUAAGAUAAUGAAGGCGAACCCUGCCUUGUACGUACUGAGGGAGAGAAUACGCAAAGCCCUCCAGCUGUACUCCAGCGAACCCACGGAACCUUACCUUUCUAGUCAGAACUACGGCGAACUAUUCUCCAAUCAAAUUAUCUGGUUCGUGGAUGACACGAAUGUGUAUCGGGUUACGAUUCACAAGACCUUCGAAGGAAAUUUGACCACCAAACCCAUCAACGGCGCCAUCUUCAUAUUCAAUCCCAGAACGGGGCAGCUCUUCCUGAAGAUUAUUCACACUUCCGUGUGGGCUGGACAGAAACGUUUGGGACAAUUGGCGAAAUGGAAGACCGCCGAAGAAGUGGCAGCUCUUAUUCGUUCUCUGCCGGUUGAGGAACAGCCGAAGCAAAUCAUCGUGACGAGAAAGGGUAUGUUGGAUCCACUGGAAGUGCAUCUCUUGGACUUCCCCAAUAUCGUUAUAAAGGGCUCGGAAUUGCAACUACCCUUCCAAGCUUGUCUCAAAAUCGAGAAAUUCGGUGAUCUCAUAUUGAAGGCCACCGAGCCACAGAUGGUGCUCUUUAACCUGUACGACGACUGGUUAAAGACUAUUUCCUCUUACACGGCGUUUUCAAGGCUGAUUUUAAUUCUGAGAGCACUGCACGUCAACACGGAGAGGACGAAGGUUAUUCUGAAACCGGAUAAAACUACCAUCACGGAGCCUCAUCAUAUUUGGCCGACGUUGUCCGACGAUGAGUGGAUUAAAGUGGAGGUGCAGCUCAAAGACCUCAUCUUGGCCGAUUACGGAAAGAAAAAUAACGUCAACGUGGCGUCUCUGACGCAGUCGGAAAUUCGAGACAUUAUUCUCGGUAUGGAAAUAAGCGCGCCUUCGGCCCAACGGCAACAAAUCGCUGAGAUAGAAAAACAAACGAAGGAACAGUCGCAACUGACCGCCACCACGACGAGAACCGUGAAUAAACACGGGGACGAGAUAAUCACGAGUACGACUAGUAACUACGAGACGCAGACGUUUAGUUCGAAGACUGAGUGGAGGGUCAGGGCCAUAUCCGCCACAAAUCUUCACCUUAGAACGAACCAUAUUUAUGUCAGUUCCGAUGAUAUCAAAGAAACCGGAUACACGUACAUCUUACCCAAGAAUGUGUUGAAGAAAUUUGUCACUAUCUCGGAUCUAAGGGCUCAGAUAUGCGCAUUUUUGUACGGCGUGAGCCCGCCGGACAAUCCCCAAGUCAAAGAACUCCGAUGUCUAGUCCUGCCGCCCCAGUGGGGUACCCACCAAACCAUUCACAUACCGAACACUCCACCGAAUCACUCGUUCCUUAAAGAUAUGGAACCGCUCGGAUGGAUACACACCCAACCGAACGAGUUGCCGCAAUUAUCACCGCAGGACAUCACGACGCACGCCAAGCUGAUGUCCGAAAACCCGACGUGGGACGGGGAGAAGACUGUGAUCAUAACGUGCUCCUUCACCCCUGGGUCUUGUUCCUUGACGGCUUAUAAGCUGACGCCCUCGGGUUUCGAGUGGGGUAGACAGAACACCGACAAGGGCAACAAUCCCAAGGGUUAUUUGCCGAGUCACUACGAGAAAGUUCAGAUGUUGUUGUCCGACAGGUUCUUAGGGUUCUUCAUGGUGCCGGCGCAGGGCUCUUGGAAUUACAAUUUUAUGGGCGUUCGCCAUGAUCCCAGCAUGAAGUACGAAUUGCAACUGGCCAAUCCGAAAGAAUUUUACCACGAGGUGCACCGGCCGGCGCACUUCCUCAACUUUUCUUCGUUGGAAGACGGUGAUGGGGCUGGAGCAGAUCGAGAAGACGCUUUCGCAUAAACUUGACAUGUAUUUUUCUGUGGUUCAAAUAUGUUCUAAAGCUAAAAGUAUAGAGACUGUAGGUUAAGAAAUAGGUUUGUACAUAUAAGGUAUUUUCUUUUUAAAUAAAUAAUUGAUUUAAUUGUUUUA